AUGUCUUCUGAAACUCCCUCCAACCCCAACACCAGCCCUGGUGCUAGCGACGAUACUCUACCCAAACCUCAGCAGAAUAAGCCAGCAGGAGCGCUCGACCUUGACACCGGAGACGAGCUCGUUCGAUAUCGAAAGCGAUGGUGGCAGUUGUGGAUACCUGCAGGGGUUCCUCCUCCACCUCCCGAGUCGCUCGAUGAUGCCAAAACCAUACCAAUGGUCACUGCAUCUUGGCUCUCCAGACUAACGUAUUCUUGGAUUUCUCCAAUCAUGGUGCUCGGAUUUCAACGGACUUUACAAGCCACGGACUUGUGGAGAGUUGCAAAGGAGCAGGAAGCUGGCUUCGUUUCGGAAAAGCUAGACGCCGCUUGGGAUCGUAGAGCCAAGGCCGCCGACAAUUGGAAUCAAGGACUCCUCAAUGGCCAGAGUAAUCCUUCGCUGCUGAGGCGUGGGGUUUGGAUGAUGAAAUCUCUUGGGAGAGGCCGCCAAUUUCGAGAACAUCAAACCUUGUUGGAGAGGCAAUGGCGUGCGAAGGACGGACGCAGAGAGGCCAGUCUUGCGUGGGCGUUGAAUGACGUUUUGGGGCACAUGUUUUGGUAUGGAGGUGCUUCAAAGGUUCUUGGAGACAUGGGGCAGUUAAUGGGGCCUAUUCUCAUCAAGGCUAUCAUUAACUUUGCAAAAGAGCGCGCCGAAAAAGGUGCAGAUGACGCGCAACGGCCCGCAAUAGGACGAGGGAUUGGCAUGGCGGUAGGGCUCAUUGGAGUUGUGAUAAGCACCUCCAUCUUCCAACAUCAGUUCUUUUGGAGGUCUAUGACGACAGGCGUCCUUGCACGGGCGGCUCUAACAGCCUCGAUGUACAAACGAGGAGUACGACUCACGGGGAAAUCGCGGGUUUCCCUGACCAAUGCCAAAAUUCUGAACCAUCUCUCAACCGACCUCGGUCGUGUCGAUGCGUGUGCCCAAUGCAUGCAGGUAGGUUGUCUAACAUAUGCAUUGCUAUCCACGUUGACUUUGGUUGAUCCCAAAGCAUGGACUGCCCCAAUUCAAGUCAUUGCUUGUCUGAUUAUUUUGCUGACCAUGCUGGGACCGUCUGCUUUGGCGGGAUUUUCGCUUUUUGUGGUCAUAAUUCCCAUCAUGGAACGAGUAAUGGCAGGACAAUAUAAGACUCGGCGAGCAUCGAUGAAGUUCACAGAUCAUCGUGCAAAAGUGUUGCUCGAGGUUUUAAGCUCUAUGCGGGUCGUCAAAUACUUUUGUUACGAGUUGCCGUUUUUAAAGAAAAUAUAUGACAUCCGCGCACAGGAAAUUCAUGGCGUACGCAAGAUACAACACCUUCGUUCCGCUAGUAUUGCGCUAGCAUUCUCGCUUCCUGUUCUUGCAGCCACCCUUUCGUUCGUCACCUACACUCGUCUCACGGCCGGAUUCGACAUCGCUAUCAUUUUCGCUUCAUUUAGUCUUUUCCAACUUCUCCGACAACCCAUGAUGUUCCUACCUCGAGCCCUUUCCAACAUCGCAGACGCCAGGAACGCGCUAAAUCGCCUUACCCGCGUUUUUCAAGCCGAAACUUUCGAUAACGACAAAGCAGCUUUUAUCGUUAAUCCCAACCAAGACCUUGCUCUAAGAAUCCAGGAUGCAUGCUUCAAAUGGGAGUCUCCGUUGAAAGAAGAAGAUAACACCAAUACGAAGGGCGGCAAAGAACCAGAAAAGUUCAAGACCGCUGAACUCGAGGACCAAGAACCUUUCGCCAUCCAGAAUGUGACCAUGCGAAUCCCACGAGGAACUCUUUCUGGUGUAGUGGGACGCGUUGGCUCAGGCAAGUCAAGUUUGAUUCAAGGCUUAAUCGGCGAGAUGCGUCAUACUGGAGGAGAAUUUUCCUUCGGCGGACGGGUUGCAUACUCGCCACAGACAGCGUGGAUCCAAAACGCGACUUUGCGCGACAAUGUACUGUUUGGUCAACCGUUCGACUCCGACAAGUAUUGGCGCGUUAUGGAUGUUGCGUGCCUGUUGCCAGACCUGAAGUUAUUGCCGGAUUCGGACCUGACAGAGAUCGGCGAGAAAGGCAUCAACCUUAGUGGUGGACAAAAGCAACGCGUCAACAUCGCGCGAGCCUUGUACUUUGACGCAGACAUCAUUAUCUUCGACGACCCUCUUUCUGCUGUCGACGCAAACGUCGGAAAACUCUUGUUCCGGAACGCGAUACUAGGCCUCGUUCAACAGGGCAAGACUGUCAUUCUUGUCACCCAUGCACUCCACUUUCUCUCGCAGUGUGACUACAUAUAUACGCUCGAGGCAGGCUCUAUUUCCGAACACGGGACUUACCAAGAACUUAUCACUCGCAAUGGCGAAUUUGCGCGCCUCGACGCGGAGUUCGGGGGUGAGCUUGUGGAGCAGUCGAAAGAGGAUCUAGUCGUGCCACAGGCGACCGUCGAAGAAAUGAUUCAAAAGUCUGAGCAUCUAUCAGGAACUGGGAAAAACCAAGGGAAACUAAUGUCGAAAGAGCGGCGGACCACUGGGUCUGUUUCCUGGGGAGUUUAUGCUACCUAUGUCAAAGCGGGGCGAGGCUUUGUUAGUCUUCCCCUCGUGGCAGUUGCUGUGCUAGGAAUGCAAGCGUGUCAAGUCUUGAACGCUUAUACGUUGGUUUGGUGGCAAGCUAACACGUUCCACCGUUCGUUCUCGUAUUAUCAACUACAAUAUAGCUUGCUUGGUGUAUCCCAAGCUAUAUUCACGUUCUUCAUGGGUAUUGCCGUCGACUUUUUGUCCAUGACUGCAGCGAAAAACCUGCACCACGAUUCUGUCCGCAACAUAUUGUUCGCACCCAUGUCCUACUUCGACACCAUCCCGAUGGGUCGACUAAUCAGUGUUUUUGGGAGGGACAUUGACACUAUUGAUAACCAACUGUCCAUUUCAGUGCGCAUGUCCGUGUUGGUUAUCUCUAAUCUAGCCAGCGCCAUUCUCCUGAUAUCUGUCCUCGAGCACUACUUCAUCAUCGCGGCUGUCAUUAUCAGCCUUGGCUAUAGCUAUUUUGCUUCAUUUUACCGCGCCAGUGCUCGCGAGCUCAAGCGCAUUGAUGCGAUGCUGCGUUCCGUCCUUUACGCUCACAUGUCCGAAUCGCUCACAGGACUCCCAACAAUCCGAAGCUAUGGAGAAAUUCCACGCUUCAUUGAGCAGAAUAAGUAUUACAUUGAUCUUCAGAAUCGAGCUCUAUUUUUAGCCGUGACAAACCAACGAUGGUUAGCAAUAAGACUGGAUGUCUGCGGCGCCCUUAUGGUUUUCAUCGUUGCUGUCUUUGCUGUGGUCGGAGUCUCUGAAAUUACCCCCGCUCAAAUUGGACUUGUUCUAACAUACACAACACAAUUGACCCAACUCUGUGCAAUGGUGACACGGCAGACUGCGGAGUUAGAGAACUAUAUGAACUCAGUUGAACGAGUUGCACAUUAUAGCCGAAAAGAUUUGAUCCCACAAGAAGCGUCCUAUGAAAGUGACCAAGAGCAUAAACCAUCCCCAGAAUGGCCCUCGCACGGUGCAAUCCAGUUCAAAAACGUCGAAAUGAGCUAUCGACAAGGUCUGCCCAAGGUUUUACAUGGUAUUUCAAUGAACAUCCAUGCUGGUGAAAAAAUCGGUGUUGUUGGAAGAACUGGUGCUGGAAAGUCUUCGUUGGCAUUGACAUUGCUGAGAAUAGUCGAGUUCGAGGGUCAGAUACUAGUCGAUGAUGUUGACAUCAGCAAGAUCGGUCUCAAAGACCUGCGUGCUAAUAUCUCGAUUAUUCCACAAGAUCCCACUUUAUUCAGUGGCACUAUUCGCUCGGUGUUGGAUCCCUUUAGUCGCUGUGAAGAUGCACGGUUAUGGGAUGCCCUACGUCGAUCAUACCUUGUCGACUCUGGCACAAACACUCCCAUUUCUGCACUGGACUUGCCAGAUGGGCAGCAACCCCGACAUCACAUUGACCUAGACACCGUCAUUGAAAUCGACGGCGCCAACCUCAGUGUGGGGGAACGCAGUUUACUUAGUUUGGCUCGCGCACUUGUCAAAGACUCGAAAGUUGUCAUUCUUGAUGAGGCCACGGCUUCUGUGGACUUGGUAACAGACCACAAGAUCCAACAGACAAUCCAAACUCAGUUUCGCAACAAAACGUUGUUGUGUAUCGCUCACCGCCUCCGAACCAUCAUUUCGUACGAUAGAAUUCUCGUGCUGGAUGCUGGGAAUAUCGCUGAAUUUGAUACGCCACUGAACCUCUUCCACAAGCCAGAGGGCGUCUUCCGUGGACUUUGCGAUGGAUCUAACAUAACGUCUGCUGACAUUGAAAAGGCAUUGUUGUAUGAUCGAGAUGUUAACAACGACACGUGA